GCGGAGAGCGAAUGUCGUCAUGAGCGAACAACGGGACAGUAUGGCCACCACUGUUGCUGUCAGUCCUAGUGAAUACCUUCAACCCGCUACUACUGCUACACAACUUGAGGAUCACACAUAUGGACCAAAGAGGGGCACAAAAGCAUUACAGGACACACAGCCUUCUCCCCUUGCCCUCCUGGCUGCUACCUGCAGUAAAAUUGGCCCUCCUGCUGCCCAGGCCCCUGCCACUUCUCCACCGGUGCAGGCACAACCUCGCAGACUUCAUCCCAUAAAGCCGGCUCCCAUAGCACCCGCUCCACCCAAAAACUUGGGUUUUCUUUCAGCAAAGGGCAAUGUGAUCCAGCUCCCUGCUGCUUUAGGGUCCACAACUCCUGGUAGCCCCAUCGUCCUGACAAUCCAGCAGAGCCCUGCCCGCAGCAACACUUCUGGCCCUGCCAACAUCCAGUACCAGGUGAUGCCGCAGAUCCAGAUGAUGCCUCAGGGAGGUCAGAUCCAACUCAUACCGGGCACCAACCAGGCCAUCAUUACCACUCCUAUGACUGUGCCAGCUCCAACUGCUGCCACUACGCCUGUCACACCACAGAAAACUGUAGCUAUCAAGCCCUCUCCUAAGGUACAGAUGUCAAACAACACAACUGCAAAUAUAGUUCAGCUGCCCAGCGGGCUCACACUUCCCCUUAAUGUGGCUACUGGAGAGGUAGGUGGAACUCCAGUGAUCACUGAGACUGCAGCUUCACCUCCUACACCUGGAAAAGGACGGCGAGGGAGGAAGAGAAAAGUGGUUCUGCCAGCCGAGCCUCCGCCGCCUGCUCCUGCACAGGCUGCCUCCCCAUCCCCAGAGCAGAUGGAGACCAUCUUAAUAGAGGCUGGGGACAACAUCAUUCAGGCAGGGAACAACUUGCUGAUUGUGCAGAGUCCUGGGCAGCCAGCUAUGGUGCAGCAGGUUCAGCUGGUCCAGCCCAAAUCAGAUUCUCAGAUGGUUCAGAUCCCUCAGCAGGCCUUGAAGGUAGUGCAGGCUGCCUCUGCCACGUUGCCGCCUGUCCCACAGAGACAAUCUGUCUCUUCAAGUCUGCAGGUUUCUCCAACAGAUCCAUCACCAACCCAGAUUCUCUUCAAAACAACUUCAGGUGAGUGGCAGUCGGUUCAAAUUCAGGACUCGGGCUCAACGACGACCCCUGCCACCUCAGCUGCCCCCACGACCACGUCACCACCUGCCAGUACCAGGAGGACGCAGGCAGGUGGCCGGAAGGAGCGCACUCUGGCAAAAAUAGCCCCAGCAGGUGGAAUGAUUACAUUCAACACGCCGCAGCUGUCCUCAGCAGCACAAACCGUGCAGACGAUCAGCAUCAACGGUGUCCAAGUUCAGGGAGUUCCUGUCACUAUCACCAAUGCAGGAGGCCAGCAGCACCUAACGGUGCAGACGAUGCAGGGCGGAGGACUCCAGCUGGCGGCGGCGCAGGGCCAACCUGCCAUCCAGGUGGAUCAGACCCUCACGCUGGAGCUGCCUGCUCAGCCGGGAGAGAAGAAGCGACGCAUGGCCUGCACCUGCCCCAACUGCAAAGAUGCAGAAAAAAGGCCUGGAGAGAUCGGGAAAAGGAAACACAUCUGCCACGUCCCGGGCUGCGAGAAAACAUUCAGGAAGACAUCGCUGCUCAGAGCCCACGUCCGGUUGCACACUGGAGAGAGGCCUUUUGUCUGCAACUGGGUUUUCUGCGGGAAACGUUUUACUCGCAGUGAUGAGCUGCAGAGGCACGCGAGAACACACACAGGUGAUGCAGGCAUUUAA